AUUAUUUGGUUUUCGUCCAGGAAGAGGAAGUGACUUGGAAUUGUAUGUAUCCAAUGGCUUUCAAUUGCAUAUUAUAAUCACGGGCUUUUCACCUCACUACAGCUCUAAAGACAGCAUAUAAACCUGUCUGUUCGUUAGCUGGCUGUGCUACAGACGGUACAUGACUUCCGUCCGUCCUCGGCGGUAGAAACACUCUGACGUCAGUGAACCAGCAGAGAACGCGCAGCAGGAACCUGAACACUGAUGCUCCUGAAAAAGAGAGGACAUACGUGGUUGAUAGCUUCCAGCAUGGUGUCUCUAGCCGUGCUCAUGAUGCUGCUGUACGGCACCAUCGGCAGCCAGCAGCCGGGCAGCUCCAGCAUCAGACAUGACUACCAGCUGCUGGGCAGACCGCUGUACAAGCUGGACCUGAGCUGGCCCAAGAACCCGGAGCUGUUCAGCGGACUGGUGUUCGGAGUAGCUGUCAACCAGUACGCUGGUGUGGUCUAUGUGGCUCAGAGAGGUGACAAUGUGCCCAAGGUCCUGCUGUUCACCACAGAUGGAGAUUUCCUUAUGCCUUGGAACACAACCACCCUGGAGAUGCCUCAUGGGAUAUUUUUAGCAGAUGCGGCCUCAUUAAACCCCACUGUGUGGAUCACAGAUGUGGGAAACGGCCCCAACGGCCACUGCAUCAAACAGUACUCACCGUCAGGGAAACUUCUGCAGGUGCUUGGUACACCUGGGAAAGCAGGCUCCGGGCUGGACCCUCUGCAAUUCGACCAGCCAGCUGAAAUCUUUGUUCACGACUCUGGGGAGAUGUACGUCGUGGAUGGUGAUGGUGGGAUGAACAACCGGCUCAUCAAGCUGUCCAAAGACCAGGAGGUGUUGUGGGUGCAUGGGGAGAAGGGACACGGCAUGGCUCAGUUCUAUAUCCCCCACAGUGUGACCGUGGACAGUGCUCAGAGAGUGUGGGUGGCUGACCGGGGCAACAAGAGGAUCCAGGUGUUUAACUCCAUCACCGGGGACUGGCUGGGGACAUGGGGGAGCUGCUUCACCGAGGACGCACCCUACUCUGUCCGCCUGACCCCAGACAAGAAGUACUUUGUUGUUGUCCAGCUCAACACCAAUCAGAUUUCGCUGCUGGAUGCACCGCCAGUGGGUAUGAUCGGCCAGUGCAGGGUGGUCAGCGUGAUUCAGCUGGCCGAUGAGGUGAAGCCCCACCUAGUGGACCUGGACCUGAAGACUGGGGCUCUAUAUGUGGCGGAAAUUGGAGCUCAACAGGCACAGAAAUUUACCCCCUUCAGUCUGGGUGGGAAUUUUCUAUAGAGCUAUGUCAGGCUUUAACUGAAGAAUAGAAAAAGCAAAAACUAUGCCAAUCAUACGCAUUACCACUUACUUAAAAUCUACCAAAAUGUUCCUAUGGAUUAUAAUAUAAUCUGCAAUACUGUAAUGCAGAAAGGAACAAAACAGAGUAUGGUGAAGCCCUCCUAAUAACAUAUCUAAUGUAGCCUCUGACGACCAUCUCUUAAAGGUUUUUGUCUCUACAGUUUCAAAUUAGUUGUAGAUAAAUGUAAUCUUUUUGAGGCAGGGUUUCUGUUAGCGAAGCAUGUACUGCUUUAAACUGUGUUAAUGUUCAGCAGAAUUCAACUUUAAGCAUCAGUUAAAUGUUUUGGGAUCACUGAACGGGACAUCUGUAAGUUACUCUUUUCAAGCAAAUGGAAAUUUCUGCUACUAGUUCUGGUCACUUUUUUAAUCGUCUCUUUGUUUUUGUGUGCCAAUUGUAUGUUUCCCAGCAUUCGUUGGCUACUUGAACAGAUCAGAGCCUCUCUGGCGCAGAAGUGUUUCCUUUCUUUACUUUUUUGCUGGUUCAGCUUUUGGUGUAUGAUUACACACAUGUAAAAGGCUACAACUGAAUUGUUUUGCACACUGUAUGUUCUAUGAAUGUGAAUUACUCUUUAUGAAAAAUGAUUUUGACAAAGCAGAUGUAUAUAUUUACUCUCAGUAAUAUUAUUACUGUCUUGCACUAUGAUUCUUGUGUUUUAAGAUAAAUGCUACUGUGAGAAAUGGGUUUCUUUUGUGCCCAAUCCAUAUAGAACAGAGUUCUGGAAUUUGAAAAUGGGUCUCCAAAUUACACUAAGAAAAUACUUUCAAUAGAAGCAUAUAACUUUGUUUCAGUCACUUUCAUCACACAUUCAGCUCAAUGUGUUGCCCUACGACUCAACUUCCACAGUCCAAAAACAUGCUGAGGUUAAUUGGUGAUUCUAAAUUGUCCGUAGAUGUGAAUGUGAGUGUGACUGUUUGUGUCUAUGUGUAGCCCUGUGAUGGAUGGAUGGAUGGAUGGAUGGAUGGAUGGAUGGUUACAUUUUGAGUGCCAUUUUCCAACAUUAGAACUCUGUUGUAAUUGGAUUAUGUUGCCUGGCAAUAUUUUUGUUUUUGUGGUAUAGCUUGUUAUACCUGCUUGAUCAGUUAUGGAAGUUUGUUGAAAAAUACUUCCUUUUUCAUUUUUGUGACCAAAUAUUUCAUAAUAAAAAUAGUCUAUAUGUUUGGG